UCUGGUAAAACUUUGUCAAUUGCACAAAAAUUAAUUGAUGUAAAACCAGUCAUUACUCGAACGAGUAUGGUAUGAAUUAAAUCAUAUAGUACGCAAUAAAUUAUGAUCUCUCGUUGUUGCGUCGAGCCUUACGAUACAUUCCUAGUUGAAAUGCCGUGUCGACACAGCGAACCAAUGAAAUUUCGGUCACGUGACAAGCUCUGUUUACAUUCCGCUUCAUUUUCUCGUGUAAUAUACUUCACCUUUGUAUAUACAUAUAUACGCUUGCGUGGACGCCGUUACUUAUUAUUCUACGAACGCAGCAUAUUCGGUCAAAACGCAAACUUUCAUGUUACUUUCUUCUUCGGUUGUAAACAAUUAUUCACAGCUCGUCCGAGGAUGUGGCCCGUACGACUGCGAUAGCCAUCUAUCGUGGCUGACGAACACUCGCUUCCGUCGAAACGUUCCGAAUUAAUUCCGAAACAGUAGAUCGUAUCUUUCAGCGACGAUGCUGAGGAUGUAAAGCGAACCGUGUUGAAAUGUGAGCCGCGUGACGAGGUACAGGGAGGCAAAGAGUGUACGGAUGAAAAUCGUGAAACGGUGUAUCGAUAAGCAAAGUGUCACGAUCGUGUGCAUCCGCGGGUAGGAUCGGUAUCAUUGGCGAGGACAUCCGAGAAUGGUGUAGAGGGACGGUAGCCAGUUUAAUUUUUAAUCGCGGGGUCGGUGGCUUGUAUUUGACAGAUUGUUGCAGUGCGGUUAUUUGGGGGGCUGGGCAGGGGCGACGGUUGGUAUCAUUCUGGAGGGAGGAAAAGGCAGAGCAGGGACUGUAGUCUGUAGUCUGCUGGCUGCGGGCUGCGGGCUGCGGGAAGCAGACACAAGCACGAGCCAGUAGUUCGCCAAACAAAACAUGGACGCCGUAGAAAUAAAUGCGUCCGAUUCACCACAAAACGUAGAGGAUAGCAUCGUGGCGACGGUAGAAAUAUGCCGCGUUUGCCUUCUCGGGAACCUGGUGAUGCGAGACUUGUUUCUAGAAACCGAGGUCGCCUCUCUUUCGGCGAAAGCAAUGAGCUUCGCCAACGUUAAGAUGCUACCUGGGGAUGGUUUACCGACACGUGUAUGUUGCAUAUGUGCGGAUAAACUCGAGUCCGCGUACGAGUUCAAACUGCAAGUGGAACAAGCCGAUACAGUUCUCAGAGAACGAUACGUCACUAUGAAUAUGAAGGAAGAGUUGUUCUUCAACGAGGUUGAAGUGCAUCUCGAGUCGGGGGACCAAAACGGGGAUAUUGGAGAGAUGCACAUGGAACACGAUUAUCAAUCUACCGUGGAAACUCUAGAUUCAAUGUCCAGAGAAGAGAAAUCCCUUCUGAAGAAUCAAUUAUCUUUACUGCAAGUGGGAAAGUUAGACGAUCAAGAAUCGUCUAUGAGAGAGCAGGAUAAUGGUCCGGUAAUGGAAGAAGCGAUUGACCAAGUGAUAAUUUCGAAACAAGGGCAAGAAAAUUGCCCUAGUCAGGAUGAAGAGAACGUCAAGCCUGUUACCGAUAUGCCUCGUAGCGAAGCAACAUUGAAAUACACGAGUAGCACUAGAAACUGCAUAGAGAGUAUUCCGACGAUAGAGCACGAUUAUAUAUUGCACCACGAAUAUAUAUUAGGGGACGAGAACCACCAGGAGCAGGAGGAGCAGCGACAGCAUCAGUUAAUUUCUGAAGAAACAUUUCCGCGCGACGAUUGCGCGGAAUAUGUGAAUUUGCUGGUUAAAGCUGCCGACGCGACGAACCAAGAGGAAGAGGAGGACGCGAUCGCGGAUGUGGCUGAGGACGCGACCGUGGACGAAGAUGAAGAGGAAAUAAAAAAGUCGGAUCUUAAGAAAAUUAACGUUAAGAUAGAACAAGAUAGCGAAUGUCAAAAUGAAGCGAGAAGAAGCAAACGUAACCAGAUUCGACGAAACGUCGAGUCGACGCGGGACUCCGACGAGGAGAAUUAUUUCGAGAAUUUGAAUCUGAGCUCGCGAUUAAAGAAGGCUCAAGCUUCUGAUACAUCGGACCGGAUCUUCUUCAUGUGCUACCUCUGCGACAAAGAAUUUUUAUCGAAGAACGUUCUGAGAGAGCACAUGCAUUCGCACGAGGAGGUCAGGAGAGCGUUGUCGUUAAAAAAAAGUCCGGAGAAACCGCAGAAACCUGUCGGCAAUGUCGAUAAAUCGCCUCCGUCCGGGAAGAGGUUGAACAAAUGUCCCCAUUGCGGCAAACAAUACAUAUACAUAAUCUCGUUUAGCAAGCAUUUGAAGAAACACGAGAGAGAGAAAGACGAGACGAAGGAUCAACCGAUGCCGUUGGAAAUUUCGUUUCACGAGGACGAGCACAGUUUGGAUCUCGACGAUUAUGUGAUCAAGCAGGAUUUCGAUACGGAGUAUCGGAAAAGAGCUAGGAAAAACGAUGAUGCGAAUGGGACGAAAUCGAAGCUGGAGAGUGACGAGAUGGGGGAACAUCAGAUGGACGAGGACGGGGAGAACGAGGAAUUGGGAAACGAGAAAAAAACGGAGGACGUAGAUGGGGAGCAUAAUAACUCGAAGAGAACCAGAGAACGUGAGGUACGGGGUGUUCGCACAGAAAUGUUUGCAUGCGAGAAAUGCUCGGAAAAGUUCUAUACUAGGCGUGGUUUACGGAAGCAUGAGGUUUUGCACGCCAUCCUUAAAUGUAGCGUAUGCGAGGAAGAGUUCGACUCGCUGGAGAAACUGAGGAACCAUCGUGCAAAGCACGUGCUCGAAGGUGUGUUGACUGAACAAGAUUUGGAGGAAGAUGCAGAUUGCUCGGUAAAUAAUGAAUCGGAUAGUUAUAAAAUUGAGGGUAAAGAGAGGGAAGAGGGGGACCAAGAGAAACAAGAGGGAGAGGAAGUAGACACGUUGGAGGCGGAGAGUGCAUCGAAGAAAAAUUGCAGAAAUACGGAGUCACAUACGGGGACCGACUAUCGUUGCAAGGUGUGUUAUCAGCGAUUCGCCAGGAAGGAUCUGUUGCAGAGGCACGCCGAGCAACACGAACGCGUUAAAUCCUACAGAUGUACACAAUGUGAUAAAACGUUCGGGAACGAGCUUACUCUGCGAAACCAUUUGAUAGCCACUAAUCAUAAAACCUUCGUUCACGGGCAGGAGUACGAUCCCAAUAAACGCAUCAAACGUGUCGCCGCGAGAGCAGCGCAGAAGAUCAUAGAUAAAAUUAAAACCGAGGACGGUUUGGAGGAUUACGACGAGGAGGAGGAGAACAAGUUGCUCAACCGUAACGCCGCCCAUACGGAUGGGAAUUACGGUCGAAGUAAACGUGACAGUUCCGCGCAAAAGAAACACAUUUACAAGAAGGACCUGGAGUGCAUGAGUUGCAACAAAAAGUGCAGUUCGAAGCAAUCGUUGUCGAAACACAUGGAACAGCACGUGAAGGUCGAGAAAGCGGUCAAGUCGGAGAAGCAACGACAGCCAUCGUUGAAGAAGGACCGACAAAGAGCAUGCAUGAACGAGGGAAUGGAUGCAAACGAGACCAUCAAGGACGACGAUUACGACUCGGACUUCGAGAGCGGCCUGGAUUGGCCGAUGGAUCAUCACGAGUGCACGAAGUGCAAAAAACGUUACAGCACGAAGAAAUCGUUGUUACGGCAUCAGCUGUUGCACGAGGAGCCGAACUUUGAAUGCGACAUUUGCAAUGUUAAAUUUUACCGUAAGGAUAAGCUGAAAGCUCAUUACGACAAGUGCUCGGAAAAGAAUCCGGACCAAGUGAGAAAAUGUAACAUUUGCGGCGACAGUUUCGAGAACAACGAGAUUCUGCGGGAGCACAGAGCGAAACACGUCACCGAGGGCAUCCUCACAGAGGAAGACUUGAGAGACAUCGAACCACGGCCGGAGGAGAAGAAACCGGGCGAGAAAAUCGGUAGAAAGAGGAGGACGGACAUCGUCGGUUUGGAAUGUACAGAGUGUAACAAACAAUACACGUCGCGGAAAGGGCUUCUGCGUCACAUUCAAGUGCACGAAGGGAAAAAGUACCUUUGCGACAUAUGCCCGAAGAAAUUCUACAGAAGGGAACAUUUGAAGAUACACGUGGCCAAGCAUAACAUGAUAAAACCGUACAAAUGUACACGCUGCACGAAACGUUUCAUCAAGGAGGAGCAACUGACCAAUCAUCUGUCGAAGCACGACCGUACCUUCAAGAAGAACAAAGAAACGGACAGCUCAAAGAGAUUCCUUUGCGAGAUCUGUUCGAAAAGUUUCACGCAAUCGACGACGUUGAUAGCCCAUCUGAGGGCCCACAACGGUAUCAAGCCGUACGUGUGCGAGGUCUGUUCGCGACCGUUCACGACGAACGCGUACCUAAAAAUGCACAUGAGGACGCACACCCAAGAACGACCGUACAUUUGUCAGUACUGUUCGCGCGCGUUCGCCAGAGCCGACACGCUCGCCAAUCAUUUGACGUCUCACACUGGCGAAGCCAAGUACCACUGUAAGUACUGCCCGAAGAACUUCCGUCGUCUGAAGUCCCUCAAGGAGCACGUUUUCAUCCACACUGGUCAAAGGCCUUACGCUUGCCCUACCUGCGACCGACGGUUCAACAACAACGGGAGCCGCUACGCUCACAGCAAAAGGUGCAAGCAGAACUUUGUCCAAAAUCAGAAUCGUGGCCAACCGUUGGCGCAGGUGCAGGCAGUGCAAAACCAACAGAGGGUACUGCAACAGGCGGCGCUUGGCCAAGGGCAGCUGGUUAAAACGCAAAACAUUAAAACCAUCACGAUCACCAGACAGCCCGAACCUGUUUCCAGCCAGCAGGUCUCGCAACAUCAGGAAAUAAUAAUGCCACUGAUCUUUCCACUGACUGUCACCGUCGCCGACAUUAGCGAGGAGGUCAUCCUGCCCGAGGGAGCCAAACUGUACACGACGACUUAACUUGACAUUCGUUUCGAACGCGUGUUCUCGCAUUAUCAAUCUUUCUCGACAGCCGAUCGAUCGUCUAUCGAUUCGUUUUCUCCCUACCAUUACUCGUGCCCGAUUUCUCUCGCAAAAACUAUGGUUUCUCCUGAUAAUCGAGACGAGAGAGAGAAGGACGAACGGCGAAAUCGAAAAACAUCCGAGAUAACGUUUUUAAUGUAUUAUACGUUGUAUAUCUCUGUUUAUAUUUAAAUACGAGACAAGCCGUCAAAUAUAUGGGAAUGGGGUAAAAGUAGUUGCAAAACGAUAAAAAAAAUGAAGGAGGAUGGAAACGGGGUUAUUUUGUGCGUUCGAAUAGACAGUGUUUCUCAAGCUGUGAUUUGCAGAUUCCUGAGAGCCUGUGAAUGUAACGGUGAAGGGGGUUAGGAGCUCUCGAAAGCAAAAAAAAAAAAUAUAUUCCUAGCAAUAUUUUUAAUUUUAUUACAAAAUUCCAAUUACGAAGUACCAAAAACGUAACGAGGACUAGUUGAAACUUCUUGCAUAAUUUUAUCGACGUUGUUUUAUACUUACGACAUAUUCAUUAUUUUUUUUAUUUUAAUUCUAUUGAAAGUAACAAAUUUUAUUAAAUUUUUUGUUCGUAAUGAAUUUUAUCGUACAUGACAAUCAAACAACGAGAAUCCUUUGGUACUAUUCGAUAAACAAAUUCGUUUAUUAUUUAAUAGUAUUGAAUAAAUUCCAAGACGAUCGAUGUAAAUCAACCAAUUUUUAUUAAUUUAUUUUUGUACAUUGUUUUAGUAAAGUACAUAUAAAAAGUUUGAGUUAAAAAUAUAGAUAAACGUUUAGAACACACAGUUUGUUUUAC